AUUUAUUUAUUUUUGAGACAGAGAGAGACAGAGCAUGAACGGGGGAGGGUCAGAGAGAGGGAGACACAGAAUCUGAAACAGGCUCUAGGCUCUGAGCUGUCAGCACAGAGCCCGACACGGGACUCGAACUCAUGGACCGCGAGAUCAUGACCUGAGCCGAAGUCGGCCGCCCAACCGACUGAACCACCCAGGCGCCCCAUGAAUGUUGUGUUUUAAAAGUCUGCAGAAGUGGAAAGAAUUUCAGGAAAGGGGAGGUGUUAUCAAUAGUGUGAAGUGCAACAAAAAUCCUUAUCUUGAGAAGCCUACUUUUUAGGACCAGACUGAUGAAUUAGCUAAUUCUAUCAAGAAAUAGCUAAUUCUACCAAAAAGACCUCAGUGUGUGAGUUGUUUUGCCAGGAGUAGUGGUGCUUUUUGUAAUGAUAUAGUUACAUAUUAUAUCAUGAGAAACAUUCUGAAUAUGAAAUAUUCUAUAUAUGUUGGUCAUACUAUGACCAUGCUUCAGGGUGAAGUAAAUUCACUUUUGUGGGUGUUAGGACCGUAACGAUGCAGUAGAGUCAUGUUGUGUCACUACUCAUAAUCAUAGCACUAAAGAUAAUGAAACCUACAAAUAAAAUUCACUCUGAAAGCCUCCUGAAACUUUUGCUGUCUGAUUUUGUUCUUAAUUUGGUUUUUGUAAUCUGGAGCCAUUUAUUUGGGAGUGAAGAGAGGACAGAGGACAACUAGAAGUAAAUCAUGUAGCCCUGAAGUUAUUUUAUUGUCAUUGCCCAUUGAAAAACUAUUGGGAUUAGGGGGCACCUGGGUGGCUCAGUCGGUUUAAGCAUCUGACUUCAGCUCAGGUCAUGACCUCACGGUUUGUGGGUUCGAGCCCCACAUUGGGCUCUGUGCUGACAGCUUGGAGCCUGGAGCCUGCUUCAGAUUCUGUGUCUCCCUCUCUCUCUCUGUUCUUCCCGUACCUGUGCUCUGUCCCUCUGUCUCAAAAAUAAAUAAACAGUAAAAAAAAAUUUUUUUAAGAAAAACUAUUGGGAUUAGGAAAAGCAAUUAUUUUAGUUCUGGGCUGCUUUGCAGAUGUUAAAAAGGUGUGAAUUCUUGUCAGUAUGUUUUAAGUCAAUCUUGUAGUAAAACAAGCACAAAAUCAUGACAAAGUUCAAACUACAUUUGUUUCAUCAUCCACGUAGUCAAAUAAAGAAGGACAUGAACUCCUUCUGAUUUCAGCAACAUUAGCUAAAAAAUUUACUAUUAGGGUCAAGGGAAAAUAAUUCUUUUGUCUUAAAAUAUUAAGCUUUUUUUUUUUAAUGUUUAUUAAUUUACUUGGAGGGGGGAGGGGCAGAGAGAGAGGGAGGGACAGAAUCCCAAGCAGGCUCUGCGCUGUCAGAAGUCUGAUGCGGGGCUCAAACUCAUGAACCUUGAGAUCAUGACCUGAGCAGAGAUCAAGAGUGGGACGCUUAACUUACUUAGCUACCCAAGUACCCCAAAAUAUUAAGCUUUUAAUGGACACAUGCAGGUAGCUGGUGAUAACCAGCUUUAUAUUGGCCUAAACUACUUUCUUUAGUCCUUGCCUCUCAGUCUUCUUCAAAAUCUGUUAGGACCCAAAGUUUUUAAAAGCCAUGGAAGUAGUGAGGAGGAACAAACUGAUCAUAAACACAAUGUGGAUGGAUCUUGGAGACGUUAUGCUAAGUGAAAGAAGCCAGACAGAAAAGGGCACAUACUAUAUGUUACAUGUACAUGAAAUUCUGGAAAGGCAAAACUAUUCUAUGGACAGCUCGUUAAUGGCUAAGUCUGGAAGUGAUGGGGAGAUUGGUUUCAAAGGGGCGUGAAGGAACUUUCUGAAGUGAUAGAAAUGUUCUGUAUCUUUAUUGUGGUUGUGAUUACUCAAGUAUCUAUAUUUAACUCCUCAAACUGUGCACAUAGAAUAGGUGCAUCUUAUUACACGUAAAAACAGCCAGGAGUCUUUAGCAGCGGGAAGGAGUUGGAUGGCAGAAUGGAACUUUGUUGAUUGGACUGUGAUCUGACAUUUUUAUAGUGAAUUGACCAUUUUGACAGUAAAGCUGUCUAACAUUGGUGGAAACUCCUUGAUGUGUCUGACAGGGAGUGUAUAUGUAAGAGAACACAAUUGAGAUUAACGCAGUGAUUUUUGCUACGUUUGAGAUGCAAGUAAACAUAUAUAUAAUUAACUAAAACAUUUGGGUAAUAUCCAGUUAACUAAGUUUCUCCCCACCCCAUCUGGUUUGCUGGUUUCAGAAGUCAUUGAAAGGAUUUCAGUAAUGAAAAAGCCUUUAAAGGAUGUUUAAAUACAGUUGAGCCUGGUUGGAAAAACUUGAGUUCAAAAUGUUAUCCACAGGAUAGUCAUUCUCUAAACACCAGGUAUUUUCUUCUCUGUCAAUUUAUGUAUGGAUAGUUGAUCUGAGAGGUAAACUAUAACUUUAUUUUGCUGUUUGACUACGUCUGAUUUCAUUUAUGCACUAGGUUGGUUAUGGUAGACUAAGUUUGAUUUAUGGUUUAUAAUGAUAAUGAUAGCUAACAUUUUUAAGCACUUACUUUAUGCCCAGCACUGACCUACAGUUAACCUGCACUAUCUCAUUCAUUUACUACAACUCUGUGACAUAGGUGCUUUUAAUACUGCUGUCUUUUAGACGAAUAUAUCACGGCUUUAAAAAUUAAAUAAUUAGGUCAGGGUCAUACAGUAAGCGGUUGAGCUGGCAUUUGAUUCAAGUCUAUUUUGUGGUAAAGCCCAUACCAUUUUUUUUUUAAUGUGAAAAAAGAAGUCUUGAGGGGAAGAGUGGUGAUUUAAAAGAGGGCAUAACUUGGUUUUCUGCGGAUUCUGUGGCCCACGCUAAAUGGAUCCUGAGUACCAAAGAAUGUGGCAUUUCUAGCUUUUACAGCCCUUGAUGUCAGGCAGUGCUUCACGGAUCUGAGCUAAUGGCAGUGAUGGCUAUUGAAAAUGAGGUUUCUGCCAUUCCCAAGGUCAUUCAUCCAGCAGUCUGUCUUUUGCCCUUAGGAGAUCCUUUCUCUUCCUCGUGUGCUCCUCUUCACUCCUGACAUCCUUCUAGCAUUGUCUCAAGUCAGGUUCCUCUGGAAGGCCUCAUGGAAACAAUAUUCCCCGAGUUCUUGCAUGUUUAUGAGUUUGCAUACACUCUUCUAUACUUGCAAUUCGUUUUGCUGGGUGUAAAAUCUGUGGCAGAUAUUUUCCUGAAUUUCUUCAAGAUCACUGUUCUUGGCUUAUGGCAUUUCUGUCAGAGUUGACGAUGUAUAUAUAUAACCCGUAUGUGUAUAUAUAACCUGAAUGCAUGUUAUUUGUAGUUCAGAUAUGCAGGUAGUCUAAUUUUUAACACAUACUAUACAUAUCCAAACAGUGACAGGUUUUUCUCUCAUUAAAAUAGCAGCUAAAGCAAAAGGCCAUGGUCAACAAAAGUUAUUUCCAUUUUAUGACCUACCUGUUCCUUAUUGAGGGACUAGGGGAGGGAUUAACAAAUGGUACUAUUGUCCCAAAGUUGGAAUUUUAGCUAUGCUUUUGAAUUAGAACAAGAUCUAAAUUAUUGUCACAUCUGGCGAACCUUACUUAUAAGUUCACAAAAUCUGCAACUUAAUUGAUUUGUUUUCAUAAUAUAAUCUAAUCUAGAGCUAUAGUUUCCAACCUUUGGGUUUUUUUGUUGUUGUUUGUUUGUUUUUUGGAAGGCAAGCAAAUAUUAGAAUUAGUUGGAACGAUGGGACGCCUGGGUGGCGCUCAGUCUCUUAAGCGUCUGACUUCGGAUCAGGUCAUGAUCUCACAGUUAGUGAGUUUGAGCCCCACAUUGGGCUCUGUGCUGACAGCACAGAGCCUGGAGCCUGUUUCAGAUUCUGUGUCUCCCACUUUCUCUGCCCCUCCCCCUCACGCUCUGUGAAUGUCUUUCUCUCAUUAAAAAAAAUUAACAACAACAGAAAAAGAAUUAGUUGGAAAGACCUGAGAGCACCGCACGUGUAAAUUCCAAAUGAAACACUAGUUUUGGAGCCAGAUUAAUUUAUAUUCCCAUCAGUUACAUCUCUAUUACUGGAGCUGGAUGUGGUAAAUGCCUAGUUAUCCAGCUGUAAUAAAAAAAUGUUGAAAGUAUCAGUUUAGCAUUUAUUCAGACCCUUUCGAACUUUCCAUACCUGUUAUUUUUUCAGAAAUCUUAAGCAAAUGCCACUAACACUACAAUUCAGGGUUGAUUAGGAAGAAGAGAGAACUUUUGGAAAGGAGGAUGAGAGCCAAAUGUUCUGUUUCUGUGAAUUUAGUGAAGGGGGAAAAAGUAUUCUUCCUUUGCUUCCCAGGGAAGCGGAGACUAGUGUUUAGGAUUUGAAGCAGAUAUUUGUGAAGGAUACUCUCCGUAAGGCUCUGGUUUGGUAUUGGUACCGUGUGACUUCCAAGCAUCAUCAUUUAGAGCGGGAGCUGGUUACGGACUUUAUUACUGCGAUCACUAAUUUUACUCUUUAUUUUUCUAUUUUAAAGUUUUUUUUAACCUUUUUUACACCCAACAUGAGUCUCAAAUUUACAAUCCCGAGAUCAAGAGUUGCAUGCUCUACUAACUGAGCCAGCCAGGUGCCCCAGGCUAUCAUUAAUUUUACCAACAUAUUAUACUCGUAAAAGCUGUUAAUCUAGGCAUUGUGUCUAGCAACAGGUUGGUAGUGAAGAAUACUUGGCUACAUUGUAGAAACAUUUCUUGAUAAUCCUUAGGAGAAUAUAUGACCUCAGUUAAAAUGUGAAAGUAGAAAGAGGCACUGUUCUAAGCAUUUCACCUGUAUUAGCUUUUUAAAUUCUCACAGCUCUCUUAGGGUAGGUUUUAUUUCUCACAUUUUAUAGAAACUGAGGCACAGAAAAGGUUAAAUAACUUGACAAGAUCACCUAGCAUAUAGGAGGUAAAUGCACAUCCAGGUAGUUUGGCUCUAGAGACCUUGCUUUAACUUCAAAUACAUAGAAUAGAGUGCAUUGAGGAAAUACAUUAUAAUAAGAGAUGAAAGCUGAGAAUUUUUCAGACUUGUGAAACCUGGAUCAUCUGACUCAGAAAGGUAAGCGAUUCUUAACCUCAAACUGUUUAAAAGUCCAGGGUGUUAGGGAUCUAGGACUAUAGUACACAACAUAAAAUUGUAUCCUGUUUCUGCUUAUUUUUUCCCCCCCGCUAUUGAAUUACACAUUUUUAGUAUUCUGGCUAGUUUGAACAUAACAUACCAGUACUGUUCUUAUGAAUGCUAUAAUUACUGUUUGUUUUCAGCAAGAAUAUUUCUUGUAAAUUUGCUUUGCCUUAGAUUUCUUCAUUUCUAAAUGCCAUUUUACUACCUUUACAAUUGACUUAAAAUUUUUUUUUUUUUUUUUAAGGUAGGCCACAUGCCUUUUUUUUAAGGUAGGCCCAUGUGGGGCUUGAAGUCAUGACCCUGAGAUCAAGAGUUGCAUUUCUACCCACUGGGGCAGCCAGAUUCAUUAUUAAACAUGGGUGCAUUUUUGGAUAAACCCAAAACUGAGAAACAUAACGCUCAUGGUGCUGGGAAUGGUUUACGUUAUGGCCUGAGCAGCAUGCAAGGAUGGAGAGUGGAAAUGGAAGAUGCACACACAGCUGUUGUAGGUAUUCCUCACGGCUUGGACGACUGGUCAUUUUUUGCAGUUUAUGAUGGUCAUGCUGGAUCUCGAGUAGCAAAUUACUGCUCAACACAUUUAUUAGAACACAUCACUAAUAAUGAAGACUUUAGGGCAGCUGGGAAAUCAGGGUCUGCUCUUGAGCCCUCAGUGGAAAAUGUCAAGAGUGGCAUCAGAACUGGCUUUUUGAAAAUUGACGAAUACAUGCGUAACUUUUCUGACCUCAGAAAUGGAAUGGACAGAAGUGGUUCAACUGCAGUGGGGGUCCUGAUUUCACCCAAGCAUAUCUACUUUAUCAACUGUGGUGAUUCACGUGCUGUUCUGUACAGGAAUGGACAAGUCUGCUUUUCCACCCAGGAUCACAAACCUUGCAAUCCAAGGGAGAAGGAGCGAAUCCAAAAUGCAGGAGGCAGCGUAAUGAUACAGCGUGUUAAUGGUUCAUUAGCAGUGUCUCGUGCUUUGGGGGACUAUGAUUACAAGUGUGUUGAUGGCAAGGGCCCAACAGAACAACUUGUUUCUCCAGAGCCCGAGGUUUAUGAAAUUUUAAGAGCAGAAGAGGAUGAAUUUAUCAUCUUGGCUUGUGAUGGGAUCUGGGAUGUUAUGAGUAAUGAGGAGCUCUGUGAAUUUGUUAAAUCUAGGCUUGAGGUAUCUGAUGACCUGGAAAAUGUGUGCAAUUGGGUAGUGGACACUUGUUUACAUAAGGGAAGUCGAGAUAACAUGAGUAUUGUACUAGUUUGCUUUUCAAAUGCUCCCAAGGUCUCAGAUGAAGCAGUGAGAAAAGAUUCUGAGCUGGAUAAGCACUUGGAAUCACGGGUUGAAGAAAUUAUGGAGAAGUCUGGUGAGGAAGGAAUGCCUGAUCUUGCCCAUGUCAUGCGCAUCUUGUCUGCAGAAAAUAUCCCAAAUUUGCCUCCUGGGGGAGGUCUUGCUGGCAAGCGCAAUGUUAUUGAAGCUGUUUAUAGUAGGCUGAAUCCACAUAGAGAAAGUGAUGGGGGUGCUGGAGAUCUAGAAGACCCAUGGUAGCCUUAUAAACCUUCUAAAAUGCUUUUGAUUCUGAAAAUUGGGGGAAAAAAACUUUUAAUCACAAUUUGCUUCAAUACAAGGGAAACAUAUUCUUGUGGAUUCCCGCCGUUUUGUGAUAUGAGCAGAAAAUCAUUAGCAUUUCCCACCAUUUGUUCAUAUUUGUGUUUUCUGAUAAUUGCCACUUGUAGCAUUGCCUGUACUGCAGUAUUUUUCGCCAACCUCAGGCAUACUGGUUACACCUGUAUUGAACUUUGGGCCCUAGGAACCAACGGAGUGAUUUCACCACAAAUAACAAACUGUGCCCAAGGUGCAUGGGAAUAUAGUUAGCUGUACUAUGAAGAUACAUUAUGUUUUCGUUUUCGUUUUUGUUUUAGACAAGACACACAACAUAUAAGCAUGUAAGAGUAAAGAACUGUAUGGGAUGCUCCUUUCUCAGUUCACCACGUUGGAAGCCUUUUGCAGCUCUGUGGCUUGAGAUUUCCUUUGAGCAAUUUACUAUAGGAUAUAUAUUUAUUAUUAAUUGUUAUUUAAUUUUUUUUUUCUAAUUUUACCUGUAUUACCAAACUGGGUUCUCCGAUAAUGUCCAAAUUGUAAUGUUGCCUGCUUCAAGAUAAAGUGUAUUUGGCAAUAAUAUUAUAAACCCUCACAAAUUUUAUGCAUGUAUCUACUACAUCCUUCAACUCUCACUAGAAAAUCUUUUGAAACCAAAUGGGUUAAUUUAUGGCUAUUUAUAAUUUGCUUUGACAUCUCACUGCUGCAAAUUUUUUUAAAUGAUGAGAUUUGCCUUUAUAAUGUAAAUUGUGAUUUUUGUUUUACAUGUGGGUUUCUAUAGUUUUACUUUUUCAGCUUUUAAGAUACAAGUUUUGUGUGUAAUUUGGUAUAAUUUUUAAUUGUUUACGUUAUUUUAAAAGCUCAGAAUAUCACAUUGAAAUGACUAUAAAUACAUUUAAAAUUAUCUAUUUUAGAUCUAAGGAAAUAUUACAGAGAUAUUUUCAUGGGUUCAGUAACCUUUCAUUUUAUAACAUUGGGCACGGUACAGAGUGGCUAUCACAUAAGGUACUUGAAGAUUAUUUUAAUUCUAUUUUUACAAUAACCUUGAAUUCUUGAAUUCUUUUGAGUUUUGCAUGUAGUAAAUCCAAUUAAUGCUGAACAUGAAGAGUAAAAUAUUUAUCUAAAAGAAGCUAUUGGGGUAGGAGAAGCAAUGAAUGUAUCCAUUUGUACAUGGUUUACAUGUUGUGGAUGCUUUGUAAACAUUAUCCUAUAUGUUUAAAUUGUGUUUCAGCAGGAUGUAAUUGCCCUUGUGUGUAGUUAAAAUGAGUCGUCAUCUGGUCCUGUGUGAAAUGGAAUUCAUGAUAUUUUCUGUAACAUUUUCCUGAAGCUGUUUCUGGAGAGCCACACCAUUUGAAUACAGACAGCUUUCCUGAUCAUUUGAUUUAUUGUGCACCUGAUUUUUGGUCUAAAGGAAUUAUUGCCACAAUAUAUUUUAUUUAUUCCUUAGAUUUUAGCCUUGUAAGUUAAAGUGCUUUACAUGAUGAUGUUAAAAGCUAUCUGUCCCUUUACUGGGUUUGGGGGGUUGUAAAAAGAUAGGGAAUGAAGAAUGCAAAAUGGUUUAUUGUUCAUACUGCCCACUCUGAUCCAACCCUGUACUGAUAGUACCUUUCCAGUAAGAUAUUGUGAUGUUUCAUACAAUGCAGUGAACAUAACCAACUUGUUACCUAAAUAAAGAAUUGAUAAAAACAGUGUGACAUAUUACUAUUUGGUAUGAUUUUUAAAAGCAAAAGUCCAGUUUUGAAUGUUCUUUUUCAACAUUUUAUGUAGUUGGAAUAUUUAUUGUGAAAUUUUCAUGCAAAGCCAUGUGGGUGAUUUAUAAUCCCAAAGAGGAAUUAUCCAAACUGUAUAGGACAAUACUGACUAAUUCCUUCUUCACUCCAAAACCAUUUUUUAUGCCACUUUUUCAAGUGGUCUGGUGGCCCUUGACAUACAAAUAAUGUGUGACUGAGAAGAAAAACCUGAAUUCAGUCUUCACUAAUCUGAAUUUUCUAGUCCAGCUGUUUUCAAAUAUUUUAGUCUUAGAACCCGUUUAUAUUCUUUUUUUUUCCAUUUAUAUUUUUGAAGAUCAAAGAUCCCAAAGAACUGCUUUUGUGGGUUUUAUUUAUUUAUUGUAUUAGAAAUUAAAGCCAAGACAUUAUAUUGUGUACUAUUUUUAUUCAUUAAAAAAUGAAAUCAAUUGACUGUUAACAUAAAUAACAUUGUUUCAUGACAAAUAAUUAUUUUCCAAAUUUAGAAAAUUAUGUGUGACAAGUAGCACUUGUUUUCGUUUUUGUAAACUCUAAUGUUGGGCUGGAUUCUCACGUCUGAUUGUGCAUUCAUUUUGUUGCAAUGUGGCACUUUGAAGUAUAUGAAGAAAUCUGGCAUCACAAAAAUACGUAUAUGGAAAGGGUAUUUUAAUAGCUUCAGGUAAUUUUGAAUAUUUUGUUUGAUAUACUGUCAGAACUUCAGAGCUGGUAGGUAGUUUCUUGAAGGUUGGAUGCAGUGUGAAAUCCGCAACUUGAUCAGCUUCGUACUCUGUUACAUUAAAAUCCAUUUGCUCUAUCUUGUUGGAGUUUGAAUGGAUCUCCUACUUUGGCAUGAUUUUGUAACAUCAUACACUGAUCUUUUGGAAAAUACCGUUUCAUCGAAUUGUGCUUUCUUUAGAAUAUUGACACAUUAUUAUGCAGUGUUUAAGAUUUUCUUGUGACUAUAACUGAUCUCCUCAAAAAAAUCUUGUUAAGUAUUGGGAAGCUGUCAGGCUCACGGUGACGGAUACAGAUUUUUCAAAAUUCUAAUUGUCAUUUGAAAGGUGAAAUUUUGUCACCGGCAACAAAUAUUGUCAGUUGUUUUCCUUAAGCGACAGGCUUAUUACUUCAUUUGUUUCGGAGAAAAUGUCUGCUGAAUAACCAUAGUCUGUCAGUCAUUCUUUCAAGGCAAAAUGGUGCUUCAUGAAAGCGGCUAGUUCAGCACACAGCUUAAGUGACAGCCGUCACACUCAAGCAUGCUACAGGAGCCGGUACCUCCCUUUUCAUCACCUAAGAUACUCAAAAGAUGUGUACUCGAGGAUAAAGGUGUAAUAAAAAAAAAAAGUUUUCCUGCUUAAUCAAGGACACCAUUAAGUGAAACAGGUCCCCCCCGCCCCCGCCCUUUCUCUGCGUGUGGCAUGAAGAGAACAGUAGCAGCUGAUUAGUUUGUUGUCUGUCUGGAUGCACACCGAGGGGUCUUCACUAUUACCCACUAUUUGUUUUGCACGGUCCAUGCAAGUGUCAACAUGUUGAAAAAAUAAUAGGUGUUAGUAUUGUUAAAGACGUAGUUCUGAUUUCAUAGACCUCCUUGAAAGGUCCAUUUUAGUCUUUUACGAAGUCUUCGGUGACUACAGAUUUGUGUUAAAUCAUUUUACCACACCUGAGAUGUCACGUCACGUUGGCCGGAUAAAGAUAGGACUUUUUUUUUUUUUUUAAUGACCAUUAAAUGGAUGGGAGCGUUAUGAAGUUUUUUUGUUAAGGUUUUUCACUUAGCUGAACAUUCAAGUAGAGUUGAGUGAAGUUGCCAUGGAAGUGUUAAAAAAAAAAAAAAAGCAAGCACUCGUAAUUUGUCUCCUGUUUCUUGCCCAAUUAUGAGGCUUGGUAAUUAUAAUACUGACUUAAGAGACUUACUGCUUGAGCUUUUGGUUUUAAAUGUGUUUAGUUAAAAGUAACUGCAACGCUGAAUUCUCCUUAAGUCCUUAGGUUGGUUUUAUUUUGGGGACGUGUGGGAUUCAGUUGAGUUUUGAUGUCUUUUCACAGUGCUUGUCAGGCUCUCUCCCAACCACAUAAGUAGAUCCUUGGUCUUCAUAAGAAACUGUAGCAAAAUUUAAAACUCAGAUGAAGUUUCCAUAUAAUGAGUCAGUCUUCCUAUGUGAAAAUGAUGGUGCUUGCCAUGUCCCCUGAGGUGUUCCUUCCCCCCACCCCCACCCCAAGCUAGGCUUCAGAAUGGCUUUUAAUGACCAGGGAAAUGGUCAUCAGUUGGGGAGACAGGUUACUAUAAUAUUAGCCCAACAUUUGAGCUGGAAAUUAGAGCCUCACUAAUUCAUAUUCUAAACUAAGCUACCUGAAAUACUUGAUGGAGGAAGACUGUAUAAAUAAGUAUGCUGACGUUAUGAACAAAGUUAGUUUUUAGACAACAAAUUGGUCAUCAGAAAACUGUGUGUGUGUGUUUUCUGGAUGCGUGAAAGUAUGCAGUCAGACCAGUGCGUCCACAUGUUACUGGAGUUAAACUUCAGUUAUUGAAAUUAACUGGAACUUGGCCAUUGAAUUUCUUUUACUUGCCAAAUCAUAGAUUGCAUUUUUCAAUGAUUUCAAAUUCAUAUUUCCUCUUCCAAAUUGCCUUUAUUUGUAUUUUGGAACUAAUCGGAUUUAACUAAUAAUAAGGGAAAGCAUUUGGUGAAGAUUUUAGAGCACAUUUUGUUUUGGGUGGCUAAAUAGUAGUAAGUAAAAACUAGCAUAUUGUGGUUUGUUUCACAUGUUAAUACAAUGCUCAAAGUGCAGAAACUCCAUUGUAUUUGUAAUACAAAAGCUAAAAGUCAUUACAACUAGAAUUUAAGGUACUUCAAAGCAAUUUGAAGAGUUACUUGCUUUUGCAAGUAAACUCUUAUGGGCAUUAUAACAAUUUGUUUUGCAUUGUAUUUUUGUGUUCAGUUGCUUUAAGGUUUUGUUUUUUGCUUUUUUGUUUUCCUAUUCAACUUUGGCAAUUUUCUGUAAGCCCUAAUGAGAACGCUAAGCAAGUGUUUAUUUUUGUGCAUUGUGUGUUACGUUGUGGUCUAGAAGUAAACCAGCUAGCUACUAAUACAGAAUAAGUUGCUUUUCAGGCUGCGACCACAUCCCUGCUGUUCUCACUUGCUGUUUUUCUUGACUGUGGUCUCUUCUCCCCCGCCCCUUAUUUUGUUUUAGUUUUAUUCUGCCUGUCAAAUACUUCUGUUAACUAGAUACAUCAUUUCCUGCUCAAAUGGUAGCUAUGCUCCUCUAAUUCAGGAGUGAAGGGUACAUGAUCUUGGGAUUAGGAGGUUAGUAAUUCUUUUAUCUCUUAUAUCCACAACUCUAGCAGCACAAAAAGGAACUGUAACUUUCAAGUAUGGGUGGAAUCGGGCGCCUGGGUGGCUCAGUGGGUUAAGUGUCUGACUUUGGUUCAGGUCUUGAUCUCGCAGCUUAUAGGUUCAAACCCCACGUUGGGCUCUGUACUGACAGCUCAGAGCCUGGAGCCUGCUUCGGUUUCUGUGUCUCCCUCUCUCUCUGCCCCUCCCCCACUCAUGCUCUGUCUUUCUCUCAAAAAUAAAUGAACGUCAAAUAUGGGUGGAAUCAAAGUUUUGGGAUUUUCCCCCCUUGACUAAUAACACUAGUCUAUAAUGGCAAUAGUAACUUCUUUAGUAAUUAAAUUUGUGCAACAAAUGCAUUUUUCUUAAAACAUCUACCUCUAAUGAAAAUACUUGGGCAUGUAUUUGAGUGAAGAGGACCAGUACAAUCUAAGGGCAGAGAGGAGACAGAAUCCGAAGCAGGCUCCAGGCUCUGAGCUGUCAGCAGAGAGCACGAUGCGGGGCUUGAGCUGGUGAACCACGGCGAGAUCAUGACCUGAGCCGAAGUCGGACACUUAACCAACUGAGCCACCCAGGUGCCCCAAUAGUUAACAUUUUAAAAUGAUUUAUACUCAGCAAUAAAGUAAUAGCCUUAAGAAUGUUCAUGUAGUUCAAAUUCCCUAAAAGAAUGACAAGGGUGCCAUUUUUCAACCUCCAGAGCAGUUCUGCUUUUUUCUGUGGUACUUGUUGGGAUUCCAUAGGAGAUUUGAUUUGAGUAAAGGUUCUUGGACUUUGAAAAGCUUAAAGGUCACCAGGGUCAGAGUGUAUAUAUAUGACCUGGCAAAUGAAAGUAGACCUACGCUCUUUUACAAGGAAGGAAACUCAGAAGUGUGUGGGCUGAACUGUGAAUGAGGAUUACAGGUUUUGAUUUGUGAUCUACCCAAGUAUUCAGAUUUACAUAUUUAGGAGGUGGGGAAGGGGAAUGGAGUUGUGCCAGAGGCCAAAUAUCACCCACCACGAGGGGUCAACCAUCUCAUUACCCCUUCCCCCCCCCACAUCCACCCACCAUGUUGGGGUAAGUUUUGAUUUGGGCCAGGGGUUGGGGAGUGGUAUUACGGGGAGGAAAGGGUGUUAUUUCCAACCUCAGGUUUGAAUUUAUUUGCUCAUAUUAUUACCUCUACAUCCCCUCUUCUAUAAAACAAGCUAAUGGUUGAGAAAUAAAUUGGUAUUCUUUUGUGUGACUACCCCACAGUGUAGUCCCCAUUUCAUCAUCAAGGGAUAUUAGACUAUUUGUAACUCUCCACUAAAAAAAGUGAUGCAGUGGGCAUCCUGGCAUGUGUCCCUUUGAGCACAUGUACUAGUGUUUUUCUAGUAUUUGCCUAGAGAUAAAAUUACUAGGUUAUUAAGUAGUCAUGUCUUCAAGUUAAUAAUGCAAAUGCAUUCUACUAAAGGUGUAUACUAGUCUCCAUUUCCACUAGAAAUGUACAAAAAUUCUUUUUCUCUGUCCAUCUCCAUUCUCAGUUAAUGCUGGUAUUGCCAGACUUUAAAUUUACCAGUUAGGUGAACAUGAAAUAGUAUGUCUUCAUUUGCAUAUCUGGUUACAUGUGAGGGGAACAUCUCUGUAUGUGUGGCCGUUUGAGUUUCAUCUGAAAUGAUUGCUCAUGUCCUUUGCUCAUUUUUCUUUUUGGUUUGCCAUUUUCUCGUUUGUAGUUUUUUUAUAUAGUCUGGAUACUAACCUUUGCUUGUAAGUGCUACAAAACCUAGUAUCUCUCUCUCAAUAUGCACACACACACAGACAUAUAUACACACAUAUACACAUAUGUGCACACACGCACUUUGUGUAUGGGGUCUUUUGUUAUUUAUCAGUCUUUUAUGGUUUGUACUAUUGUCUUUCUUGUUCAAGAAAUCAUUACCAUCCCAGGUUCACAUAUUCUCUUUGCUUCCAGUAGUUGUAAAGUCUUCAUCCUAUCUCCCAAGCCCAUAUAUUUAGGAUUUUAAUCCAUCUUGAGUUUACUAUUUUAUAUAGCAUGAAGUCAGGAAUCUAAUUUUCGGCAGGCCACUAGCUAAUUGCGUCAACACCAGGCUAGCCCUGUCUCAUACCAGUUUCCUACAUACAUGAUGCACUUCUUAUUUCUAAAUUCUGUUCUGUUGUCUUUUGGUGCAACCCUGUCAGAUACCACGUUUUCAUUACUGUGGCCUCAUAAAUGGUGAUACCUGGCAGGUACGCAUUGCCACCUUCUU